AUGGGAAGGUUUUUCUUGAUUAUCUUAGGACUAUAAUCGUUCGAUAAAAUUAACGCUCUAGUUUAAGAACUUUACAUUGUAGACUUAUCGAAGCCUUAUUAUGAAGCAAUAAAUAAUCUCCCAUUGUCCUCAGAGGGAAUAACAUGCCAAUUUUUAGGAUGCAUCUCAGUUUUUUGUAACUAUAUGUCUUAGUUCUAUGCACUUUGGUUUGCAGUGUUAAUUCAAUAGAUAAUCAAAGACCCAAUUCACAAGCUACAAAAACUUAUUUGCUUUUUCCAUGCAAUAACCUUUGCUUUAGCCCUUACUUUUACAAUUAUUAUGUCAAAAUUCAAUUCAUUUGGAGUCUAGGAAAAUUUAUAAUGUGGCAUGAUGUUUUUACCAGGAUAGGAUGCAGAUGUAUUAAUGAUAUUGCCAUUUAUUUUGGUAACGAUGCAAAUAUUUUUCAUUUCUAAAAUCAUCAAACAGACACCUUUCAUUAUCAGACAGUCCGCUUACAUCAUUGUAGAUCAUUGCACAUAUAUUUGUUUAGUCUGCUGCACCUUAGCAGAGCCUGUAUUUUUCAAGAAGUGUGGAAUCUUAUACAAUAAGUUAACUUGCAAAAAGCCUAAAAAAUCCUCAAAAGAGACACCAUUCUUGUAGCAAUCAGAUACAUUGAACAUGGACAAGGCUAACCAAAGUAAAACAAAAAAAGAAGAGGAAUCAAUCGAUGAAUCAUAAUCUGUGUCUAUGCUUUUUCAAUAAGAGAGUAAGAGAGUAGAUACUGAUAGUGAGGAUGAAGAUUUUGAAAAUGGAGAUAAUAAAAAAGAGGGAACUGAGCUGGAAAUAAUUGACUCAUAAAAACUUGAAAAUCUGAUAUCAGAUGCUUAUACCAACUUUAAUGAUCAGUUUAACCAUAUGUCCAUAAAAUAAAAGACAAAUUUCUUCAUUAUUAAUACAGUGCUUAUGAGUAUUUGCCACUGUCUUAUAACAGCAAAUGAACAAGAAAUAGAAGAAGGAAAGGGUUUAAUUAAAGGUUUAAACAUUGGGGUGAUUAAAAAAGCCUUAAGAUACUAAUUAGGAAGUGGGGAUGUAGAUCAUAUAAUGGAUAUGUCAGAAUUUUUUAAGAAGAACGAAGAUUUAUGUGUGUCUGAUGUCACAAAUGGAAGGAAAGUAUAGAUUAAAAUUUCUGAGUAUGAUCCAGAAAUAUGCAAAAAGAUAAAGUAGAGAUCAGGCUUUGAUGAUCAGUUCAUGAUUAAGGCUUUCGCUCCUAAAGCUAAUCAUGUUUAAAUGACAAGAUUUUAGAUUGGAUCUGGAAAAUCUGACAGUUUUUUCUUCUACACAGCCAAUAACUAAUUCAUUAUCAAGACAUUGAAGCCUGCCGAACUUAACUUGCUAGUUAAAAGAGGUAUUCUUGAGAAAUAUAAUGGACACUUGAAAAAGAACCCAAGAUCACUACUUGCCAGAUUCUAUGGCAUCUUUACUGUUAAAAUAAAAUACAUGAAGCCAAUAUCUGUAGUGCUGAUGGAUAAUUUAAUGGGAGAUCAUAUCGAAGAAGUAACAAGUAUCUAUGACUUAAAAGGAAGUACUCACAGGAGAAUGACUAAAAAAUUAAAGAGCAAGAGAACAGUUAGAAAAGAUUUAAACCUUCUGACAGAUCCUGAAAACUUUCUUUCAUUUGAUUAACUGCUGAGGAAAGAUUUUAUCGACAGGUUAUAUAAGGAUAAGGAAUUCUUAAAAAAUUGUAAUCUUAUGGAUUACUCGCUCUUAAUCAUUUUCUUCGAAAAAGAAGGGUCUGCAGAUUUCGAAGCAUUACCUAAUAGAGCUACCAUAGCAAAAGAAUUUAGAAAGGUCUCAAUGUUUAUGGAUAGAGGAGAUAAUGGAAUAGAUGAGAUUCAAAUUGAGUAGAUACCUGAUCCCAAUAAGGAUAAAUUUGAAGCAUUAGGCACAAAUAUGGCGUUUGAUGUUCCUCACAAUGAAUAGGAUGGAAGGGCUAGAGCAAAGAGUAGAAACAGCUUCUUUGACGAGUAUAUGCCUGGCAAUGAAGAUAACAGACCAAUUAGUAGUGACGGUGCCUCUUCUUCUAUUGAUAGAAAAUCAACAUUGAUGCCUAGAACCAGAGACUUCAUUGAAUAUUAGAGCAAAACUAAUAGAAAUGUGUAUUAUAGGUUAGGAGUAAUUGAUUUCUUGCAAGCUUAUACAAAUAAGAAGAAGUUAGAAACAAAAUAUUUGAGAUAUAGAUUUAAGAGCAAACCACCUAAUUGUUUUUCCUGCGUUGAUCCCGCUACUUACGCAGACAGAUUUUAUGAAUUUAUGGCCAAGAACCUCUUUGUUUCUGAGAGAGAAUUUCCUGCCUGUGAAGAUGAUAGCAGAGGAAAUCUUUCAUUAAGUCUUUAAAAGUCACCAUCAAAGAAAGAAAAAAAGAAGAAGUGA